AAGAAGAAGGCACGAACCACAUUCACGGGCAGGCAGAUUUUUGAGUUGGAGAAACAAUUUGAAGUGAAAAAGUACUUGUCGUUGAACGAACGAGCCAAGAUGGCGGCCCUGCUGAACGUCACUGAAACUCAGGUGAAAAUAUGGUUUCAAAACCGACGGACGAAGUGGAAGAAGCAGGAG